CUACUAGGGAAAGUCCCUUGGCGCGUUCAGGAGUCUAUGUCUCAACAAUCGUGGACUCAAUGGGGAUGACAUGAGUUCAGAAUGUGUGGAGUAUGCAGCCUUCAGAAGGUGUCCUGAGAGUCAGAAAAUAGAAAACAUUUUGUGCUGUUUUGUGUCAGAUUCUGAGACCUCAGAAAGAUGUCUUAUCAACAGGGGCAGUGCAAGCAGCCCUGCCAGCCACCUCCUGUCUGUCCACCCCCAAAGUGCCCUGAGCCAUGUCUGCCCCCAAAGUGCCCUGAGCCAUGUCCGCCCCCAAAGUGCCCUGAGCCAUGUCCACCUCCAAAGUGUCCUGAGCCGUGUCCACCCCCAAAGUGUCCUGAGCCAUGUCCACCUCAGCAGUGCCAGCAGAAAUGCCCUCCUGUGCAACCUCCCCCACCAUGCCAGCAGAAGUGUCCACCCAAGAGCAAGUAAUGGCUUCAGGAUUCAUUAGGAUCAUGAAAAGAAAAGGAUAAUCAGCUUAUCCAGUUCUGCAGCAACACGCUCAUCUUUUUUUCAAAGCCUAUCUUGGAUACAGAAGGAGCUUCAGCCUUUUUUUUGCUUGUAAUCUGACUACAAUGAGACCAGACCAAGAAAGUUUCCUUCCUGGGCUAUUGCACUGCUCUUCUCCAGGGGGUGACUGAGAAGGGACCUUCUCAUUUAUGCCAGUAUCCUAGAGCUCCAGAAAGAAGAGUGGCAACUCUUUCUGGGUGCCCUCAGAGGAUGCUCUUGAUGUGUUCUUUAUCUUUGUAUCACUUGAACAAAAACGGUUACCACUUGGGCACUUGUAACUCUUCCUUCAUUUCCUGCAUAAAGUAGAUUUUUUUGUGAUGGGAUAAGUAUUUUCU